AUGCUAUCCAAAAGACUCGAGGAGUUGAGCCAAAACCCAGAUGACCCCAACGGCAUUGCAGAGCUGUCUGUCACUGCGCUUGGCCCGCGGGGAAGUUUCUAUAUAUGCUGGAAAACGCCAUCAGGGCAAUACAGACAAGACGGUCAUGGAUUGCCGCAAGAACUCCAGGAAUGGCUCUUUCCAGUGAAUGGCAGCGCGAGGGACUUUGCAAGCCUCCAGGUGAUCCUUGGGCCAGGCGACGGCGACUUUGUAGCCUCCGACUGUAAUGGCCGGGUCGACCGAAAGACUGCGGAAUACGUCCUCAAGCCUCUUGAAAGGGCUCGUACGUUCAAGUCUUACGACGGCGCCACUGGCUCCCGGCCAUUAUCCAUGGUUAUCAACCCUACGGAUACAACGCAUGCGAAUAUACGACAGCGCCGAGCGGCAACCGUCGGGUCGUCGUCCGCUUACUCUGAGAGUGACCGCAGGACGAGCGUCAUCCCCGAAGAAGCGAGCUCCGCAGCCGGAAGAAAACGGGAGGAGACGCCCCGGCUCGCAUCAUUGGUGCCUUUGGCAAUUCGAGUAAACAGGUUUCGUCGGCGACCUACAAGCAUGCACUAUAAUGGAUCACAGCCUCUAAUGAACAUUGAUCCCCCUCAAGAUACGGCCACAGCAUUAAUGGAGCAGUCAUCUCGACGACGCGACUCUCAAAAUAAACUUUUACCGUUGUCCUCGCAACGCGCAAGCACAUUGACGGCUUCCGAUGAGAAGCCCAAGGAACCUAUUAGUCGAUACGUCGAUGCAUGCGUUCAGACCGAAGCUGCUGUCCCACUGUCACCAAUCCAAACCACAUUCCAAGAUUAUAACCAACACAGGAGACAUGCUCGAGACUCAUCAUCGGCAUCAAGCAGCUCGUCUGUUUUCACAUCAUUUUCCUCCGAGCCAUCUACUCGGCGGUCGAGCUUUGCCACAGAAGAGCAGAGUUACAAAUCAUACCAGCGCCCGACUUUUGGCUACAUGCCAAACCCAAUCAUGAUGGGAAGGAUGCAGGACUAUUUUCGUGCAACGGGGUAUCGUCUUGGUGAUGCAUUACAAGCUUGA